CUUCUUUAAAUCUCUCAAACCAAACCAAACUUUCUCUUCACUCUUCAUUCUUCAAUCUCUCCCUAUCCAUUUCUUCAUCUUCUCUACUCUCUCUAUACUUCACUUCUUCUGAAAAGCUUUCAAGAAACCCCUCAAAUUGUUUUCUUCUGAGUGAUGGGCACGACCAGCCGCUGUUCCCAUACUUCUCACAUAACCGAGAUCAUCAUCACCAGCUUCUUUCGUCAUAAGCACAAUUAAGUUUUUUUUUUUUCUUUCUAAUCGGUGUUAUUUGACUGUUGGAUCAUCUGGUUCAAAAAGCUGUAGUCAUGGCAGCUUAAGAGAGAGUGAUCAUUAGUUUGACUUAAUGGCGGGUGGGAGGAUAUAUACUAGUGGUAACUGUAGUGGUAGUGGUGAUGGUUCAAGUCUUUGUGUUUUGAUUCAAAGCCAAAAGGGUGCUCGCUCUUCUCAGCCUCUCGACUCUCCCUUCCUUUCUGCUUCUACUUCUUCUCCUUUUCUGGGAUCACGAUCCAUGGUCAGCUUUGAAGAUGUUCAUCUAGCAAACGGAUCCAACAAGUCCUUUUUCCGCCCCUUUGAACACGACGAAAAUGGGGAUGAGGACUUUGAUGAGUAUUUUCAUCAACCUGAAAAAAAGAGACGGCUUUCAGUCGAUCAAGUUCAAUUUCUUGAGAAAAGUUUCGAGGUAGAGAACAAGCUUGAACCCGACCGAAAAGUCCAGCUUGCAAAGGACCUCGGCUUGCAGCCUAGGCAGGUGGCAAUAUGGUUUCAAAACCGCCGGGCUCGCUGGAAAACAAAACAGCUGGAGAAGGACUACGACAUAUUGCAAACGAGUUACAAUAACCUUAAGGCAGAUUAUGACAACCUCCUUAAGGAGAAGGAUAAACUGAAAGCUGAGGUGGUUAUCCUCACAGACAAGCUACAUCUAAAAGAGAAAGAGAGUGGAAAGACAGAAUUGUGUAAUGUAAACAACACAUUGUCACAAGAACAACUACCACAAAAGCCUAUUGCUGAUUCUUCAUCUGAGGGUGAAGUGUCAAAAGUUUCAAUUGUGGCUUGUAAACAAGAAGAUAUCAGUUCGGCAAGAAGUGACAUCUUUGACUCAGAUAGCCCACAUUACACUGAUGGGGUUCAUUCUUCACUGUUGGAGACUUGUGAUUCAUCUUAUGUUUUUGAACCUGACCAAUCCGAUUUGUCACAAGAUGAAGAUGAUAACUUGAGCAAGAACUUCUUGCCUCCAUACAUCUUCCCAAAGCUUGAAGAAGCUGAUUAUUCAGACCCGCCCACGAGUUCAUGUAACUUUGGAUUUCCCAUUGAAGAUCAUUCCUUUUGGCCCUGGUCUUACUGAUCAAGUAUCCUUGGUAUAUAUAUCUUUGAUGUGUUUUUCUAGUUUCUGUUUAAAGCUUGUUACAGUGUUAAGUAUAAAUAAGAGAGCAAAUAAAAUCAAUGGCACCCCAAUGCAGAAUUUGGUUGUAGCUGGAAAUCAAUAUAUGGAGGUUUUGCCCCGCCUGUAAUUUUGUCAUCUAGGGGUUCUUAGAGUUGAAUGAAAUUUCUUCUGUUCAGAAUGUAAUUAAAUAA